GACAGUACGUUCUAAGCUCGACGGAGGAGUGUUGUGGAAAAUUAUGUUUUACAAUAUAAAAUAAAUAUACAGUUUUCUAUUGAAAUGUGUGAAGUGUCCCAUUUGUUUUCAGUGGAUCGGAUUAUUUGAAGAAAGGUGUGAUGGCAGAAAUAAUAUUCCAAAGGCGGAUAGCGACCGCGAUCCCUACGGAUCCUCUCAUAAUACUCCUCCUGAUGGGUCUGCUGCAGCAAUGUGGGGGCCAGUUCAUCAACAGAGCCCCCCACUUCGUGCCCCAGACGGGGGACAUGUCGCAGUUUGUGCUACCAGAAGACACCAAAGUGGGGACGCCGGUUUACCAGCUCAAAGGCAUUGACCCAGAGAACGGUCAGCUGACGUACUCCAUAUCGGGCCAGUACUUCACCGUGGACUCGCUCACUGGCGUCGUGACGCUGGCCAAGGCGCUGGACAGGGAGGAGCAGGCGACGCUGGAGGUCAUUAUUAGUCUUACAGAUGAGCCCACAGAAGACACGGAGCCGAACACGAUAUCGUUACGACGCGUGAUCCCCGUACGAGACGUCAACGAUAACGCGCCGAUCUUCCACAACAGACCUUACAUCGUCAACAUCAGCGAAGCGACACCGGUCGGCAGCGAGAUUGAGGUCAACCCAAACAUAGUUGUGACGGAUCGUGACGAAGGCGUGAACGCGAAGGUGGAGGUUGUGUGUUCCAAUAGGGAGAGAGGUGGAGACGCCGAAGCCUGCGCCACUUUUAGACUGGUCACGGAACAGGUAACUCCCAACGAGUACCGCGUGCGGAUCUUCCUCUCUAAGCCGCUGGAUUACGAGAGCCGCACCGCCUUUGUGAUCAGCAUAGAGGCAGUUGACGGCGGGACUCCUCCACUGCGGGCGAGUGCCAGCGUGGCGGUAGCUGUGCGGGACGAGCAGGACCAACCGCCCGUGUUCCUCACCGCGCCGUAUUCGGCCGCGGUGGUGGAGAAUACGCCACCGAACACCAGUAUAAUGGAGAUAUCAGCUGUCGAUGGAGACACAGAGAAUCCACGCUCCGUACUACUCACACUGGAGGGCGAUAGUGCUAAAUACUUUAGGCUGGCACCAGACAGACCUCUGGGCAGUGCCACGCUGCUAACUACUGAUGUGCCGAUAGAUAGAGAAAGCGAUAUCGUGGUGCAGAAUGGAGGAGUGUACAGUUUUUAUGUAAAGGCAACAGAACUUAUAAAUAAUGAACUGCCAUCAGACUUCACGGUAAUGCCGGUUACCAUAAUUGUAACAGAUGAUAAUGAUCACAUACCAGAAUUCAAUAAAAAAGACUUUGACAUAUCGAUUCCUGAAAAUAUCGAAAAUGGUAGUCCCAUACCUGGCCUCUCAGUUUACGUCGACGAUAAUGAUAUAGGACAGAACAGUAGAUAUAAUCUAUCACUACGAGAUGUGCACAAUUCAGAAGGUGUAUUUUAUAUAAGUACAGAUCACGGAGAAGGAAGAACACCAAUAAAUAUUAAAGUUAAAGAUACCACCAAACUUGAUUAUGACGUUGACGAUGAAGAUAAACGUCAUUUCAGUUUCGAUAUGAUAGCUUCAGUUAACGGAGAGGAAUUAUCAUCAGCUAGAGUAAAUAUCAAAUUACUAGAUGUUAACGAUAACGCUCCAGUAUUUGAACAGCCUAAUUAUAAAUUCUAUGUUCUUGAAAGUGAACCAGUUGGUUUCAAAAUUGCUGACGUAAGUGCUACUGAUAAAGAUUACGGAAUAUAUGGUGACAUAGAAUAUACGUUGAUGGGUUUCGGUUCUAAUCUAUUUAAAGUAGACAGAAAUAAGGGAGGAUUAUAUGUGGGUCGUACUUUGGACUAUGAAUCACAGACUAGUUACAGUCUGACUUUGAUUGCUAAAGACGGCGGUGGCAAAAGCGCAACAACUAGUAUUUUCAUAGAUGUUCUAGAUGCAAAUGAUAAUGCACCUGUUUUUGAUUCCCCUGAAUACACUAGGACAAUUCGAGAUGGCGCCACUAGUUUUGAGCCGCAGUUGGUCGUUCGUGCCACCGAUAUCGACGGACCCGCACAAGGUGGUGGGCGUAUCCGUUACACGCUACAGUCUGACAACAGCAUCGCCCACCCCGGCCAAGUAUUCGCUGUACACCCGGAGCAAGGAGAAAUCACCGUACUCCGACCAGCUCAAAGUAUGGACACGCCAAGAGGGUUGUACGAGCUGGUGAUUAGAGCUACUGAUUUUGGUAACCCACCUCUCUUCAAUGAAACACGCGUACUUGUACGAGUAGGAGUGCCUGGAAAUCAACGACCGACAUUCAAAGGCAACUAUCAUCAUCUUACAUACACUCUAGCUCCGCGCGGACCCGCAACAACAAAUUCUGAUUAUGCACUAGAGCUUGGGCCGGUUAACUAUAAAGCUUCAGUCAGAGAGGACGCUCAGCCUGGUCAACACGUGCAAACCGUACAAGCCACUGAUCCCGAUGGCCUUGAUAAUCUCCUACGGUACCAUAUAGUCAACGGAGCCAAAGAUAAUUUUGUGAUUGAUGAAGUAACUGGUGAAAUUACAGUAUCAAAUGACGCCCAUCUCGACAGAGAUAACAAUCCGGACCGAUAUGAAAUUACUGUAUCGGCAGUCGAUAGCGGUACACCGAUCCCAGAAACUGCAACCACUACAGUAUUUGUAAAUGUACUGGACGUUAACGAUAAGCCCCCGAAAUUUAAUAUUACGGAUACAACAACUUACAUCUCAGAGAAGACAAAAAUUGAUAGUGUAGUAACUAAAAUGACAGCAGAAGAUACCGACUUGAAUGCGCAACUAAAGUUUAGCAUUAUUGAGCCUAUAAAAGCAUUCUCCAAAGCAGGAGUCCUAUUGAAGCCCAGCUCUCCAUUCGAUUAUAGAAACAUGUUCAAAAUCAAUGAAGAUUCUGGAGAAAUCAUCGUAAAUGGAUCUUUGGAUUAUAGUCAAAUGUCAAGUAUAAUACUAACUAUUAAAGUUACUGACAUAAACGCGGAAACAAAUAAGGAGCAGCAAUUUGAUACAAAAGAGUAUACGAUAUACAUUCAACCCUACGCUGAUAAGAAUCCACAGUUUACUAAUCCUGGUUGGACAACACUACAUCCAGUUAUUUAUCAUCAAAUUAAUGAGGAACAACCAAUUGGCAGUACUGUUUUAGUUUUGAUGGCAGAAGACCCCGUUUCAGGGCAUGUAGUAACUAAUUUUAAAGUAAUUAACUCUGAAACAGGGUUGUUGCAAGUAGAUCCUCUAAGUGGCCAAGUUGUACUUACUAAGCAUUUAGAUUACGAAGAAUUAACGUCACCAAAUCUCACUAUGACAGUUCAUGCUACAAGCAACGAUGGUACUAAACACAGCACAGCGAAGGUUGUUAUUGAAGUGCUUAAUAUCAAUGAUCAUGCGCCCAUAUUUGAAAACGAGCUAUUCAAAGUAAGCGUGCUAGAAUCAAUUCAAUAUCCAGAGCGAAUUCUCACUGUACAAGCAAAAGAUGCAGACGCAGUACUGAGUGAUCUGGACAAGAAGAUCGGAUAUGCUGACGUGAGAUACGCUUUGAGAGGAGACAAUGCUGAGUUGUUUGUCAUUGAUAACGUCACUGGUGUUAUUCAGGUAGCUCCAAACAAAACUCUAGAUCGUGAACGUCAAUCCGUGUUGCGUCUAGAAGUAGAAGCAUAUGAUACACCAAAUGGUGGCGCAGACCGUUUGAAGGCGACAACCACUGUAUUGGUCGAUGUUCUUGAUGUUAACGACAAUGAUCCUAAGUUUGAUAAAGAUUUGUAUAUAGCUGUGGUACCAGAGAAUGCUCAAAUCGGCAUGAGUAUACUGAAGAUGACAGCCAUGGAUCCUGACGAGGGACUCGGGGGAGAAAUUAAAUAUGAACUUGUUGAUGAAGGAGACGCUAAUGGUCUCUUCACUCUCGACGCGACUACGGGCGAGGUACGCGUGCGCAGCUUGCUCACGGGGCGCGGACGGACCGGCGCGUACCGGCUACUCGGCGCGGCUGCAGACGGCGGCGGUCGAACUGCGCAUGCGCAGCUCGCAUUGUAUAUCGGAGAUUUAAGUGCUAAUGAUGGCGUGCCGAGAGUUCUAAGGCCGGAGAUGAAGGAGAUACUGUCUGUGCCUGAGAACGCGACGCUUGGCUCAAUGGUAUACCAGGUGGUAGCUAGUGACCCUGACGACCCCGCGACCCCGGCUGGUCAACUGACGUACUCUAUACAACGAACUAAUGCUGAUGCUGACGUCUUUGAUAUUGAUUCUCAAACUGGAGUCCUAACCCUCCGCCGGCCGCUAGACAGGGAGACGCGAGCUACUUACACCGUGGUGUUAGUGGUGGAGGACCGAGGGUCGCCUCCACAACGCACCGCCCGUGUGCUGACAGUGUCGGUAGCUGAUGUUGAUGAUCACGCGCCACACUUCGCUAGGAGCCUGGAUGAUCCGCCAAUUUUGAUUGCAACCAAAGAAGAAGUUCCUGUUGGAACAAUCAUAGGAGAACUGCAGGCAGUUGAUGAAGAUAUAGAUGAAAAUGCUGCAAUUGAUUACAUGAUCACAGCUGGAAAUAAUUUCGGCCUACUUAAACUGGAACGCACAAACGCCAGCAAGGCUCUAAUCAUAGCAGCUGCAAGAUUAGAUCGAGAAGAGGUCUCUAAGCUGGUGAUAACUGUCAAAUGCUUCAAGCUGGGUACCACACCACGUUACAGCAAGUCUUACAAUAGAUUGGAUCUAACAGAAAUCCAAGUUGUAAUUAAGGUACUGGAUAUUGAUGACCAUCUCCCGGAGUUCGAGAGCGCAAAUAUGACUGUAGGUGUGCGUUUGAAUGUGCCAGUUGACUCGAUCAUAGCAAGAGUUAAAGCGGUCGACAGAGACGCAGACGCUAAACCUAUCCGAUAUGAGAUAGUAAAUAUAAGCUUCGAAUCACCAAUCAAAUCACGAUCCGUAGAAAAUGUAACCGAUGUGAUUGGUGUUAACAAUGUGACAGGAGAUUUGAAGAUAAUGAAGAAUCUGAUACACUAUGCCGAUGGAUUGUUUAGGCUAACAGUCCGGGCAAACAACUCAAACGAGACUGACCGCUUCAGCGAUAUACGAGUUGAAGUGGUGGUAGUCAGAGAGCGCGACCUGCUGCGACUGGUGGGCGUGGGCGGACGCGCGCUGGCCGGCCUGCGGGAGCGCGUCGCUGCAGCACUGCGGCCGAUGCAGCUGCGGUUACAGCUACAUGAUACAGCACACGCUUCCGGGCCAUGUUUUCAAAUUCGCAAAGACAGCGGCGAGGCGUUGAGCCCGAGCGCCGCACGUGCAGCACUACGAACGGCGACCGGUGCGUCGGCCGCGUUGGGCGCUGCGGGCGCGCACGUCGCAGCGUGCAGCACGCCACGCGGGGCGCACUCGGUAGCGGCGCGGGCGCUACUUGCGUUGGCGGGUGUGCUGCCGCUUGCCGCGCUGAUAGCUGCGCUAGCGUUGUGCUGCAUGCAUUCGGCAGCAAAACGACGAAUGCGAGCUGCUCUCGUGCCUCGUGAGACGCCGCGUCUGUACGCCGAGCCGCUCUACUCUACGUGAUAUUUUUUUGGUGGUUGAUCUAAAGGAAGCAAAUAUUCAUAUAGGUACCUGACGAAAAAGUCAGCUAAGUCGAACUUAAUCCACUGAAGUCUGCUUUGUUCUGAUUGUGCCUCGAUGAGGUUAAGAAAUAGAAUUUGCGUGAAA